UAAUGGCGUAAAGGGGCGUCGUGACAUCAGACGCCGGCUGGGAGUGGAGCCAUCAUGGCGAGCCAGUCUCAAGGCAUCCAGCAGCUGCUGCAGGCCGAGAAACGAGCUGCAGAGAAGGUGGCCGAGGCCCGUAAGAGGAAGAAUCGGAGGCUGAAGCAGGCAAAAGAAGAAGCCCAGGCAGAGAUUGAGCAGUACCGCCUGCAGAGGGAGAAGGAAUUCAAAGCCAAGGAAGCAGCGGCACUUGGAUCUCAUGGCAGCUGUACCACUGAAGUCGAGAAAGAGACCCAGGAGAAGAUGAGUGUAAUCCAGCAGAACUUCCAGAAGAACCGUGAGGUGGUCCUCAACCAGUUGUUGUCUCUGGUGUGUGACAUCAAACCUGAAAUCCAUGUGAAUUACCGCAUCAAUGGGUAGUGCAGGAAGGAGGGAGAAGUGUACCAGGAAUGCUACUUGAGCUUCAGAUGGAAUGUACAGCUCUUAGCCAUACUGUAACCGUUCUUGUAAAGGUGUUCAAUUAUUUCAGUGAGUUGUAGGUCGUCAGUAUUUUGUUGACGUGUCAGUUUCUUUCUAGAUUGAGAGCUUAUCCUGAUAUUAAACGACCAUGUCUCACAUCUGUGCUAAGUUUUGUUGGCAGAUUAAUGCUCCCUGUUUUCUGGAUAGGAUUCAAAGAAAGGCUGUCCUCUGAGAAGCAGAAAGGCGAAGGAUGCUGACCUGAGUCGGUAAUCUGGACCAAUAUAUUCUUGUUCACUAAAAUGCAUUGUUUUCUGUGUGCUGUUAACAUUCGUGCAAAGUUAAACUUAAAAUACUCUGGCUGUACAGUGCUGGCUCAUAAUGUUCAGGUGCUUGAGUUUCUCUGUAUUGAGUAUCCUCUGUAUAUUCUGCUGUUAGCUUAAGUUACAAGUCUGGCACUAUGACACUUGAAAGUAAAAACCUCUAUUUAACUCAAAA